CAGAUAGAUAGACAGACAGAGACUGGACAGAUUCUCACAGAAAGGCAUCUGAGAAUGAUUAGAAUAUGAAGAGGAGUGGAAAACAGUAAGAAAGGAAGUGGAAAAGGGAAAACAACAGGAAAUCUUCUCAUUGGAGCAGCAUUUCUGCAAAGCUCCCAGAGAUACAUUUGCUCUCUGGGCAAGCAGUGUGUUGUAACUUUCCUCUCAGAUUCUAUUCAUCUCAUUUCUCGGCCUGUACAAGGGCAAGAGGGAGGAGAAACCCUGAUGAUGAAGUGACGUUGGGCGUGUACAGAGCUCUAGAAUUCUUCUCCCACACCAGCUCUUUUGGUGCCUCAAUCAAGAUGUGAGUGGAUGAUUCUUUUGUUUGACACUUUGGACUUCAUGAUUUGGGAUUUCUUUUUUGGACAUUUCUGAUCAAAACUUGAACCCUUCCCAUCCCAUGUGCCGUGGGGCCAAUGGUUGAUUCUAAGGUGUGUUUGCUCUGAUCUGGAUAACUGAAGUCUGAUGAAGAAUAAGGCUGCCAAGCUGAAGUCCAAAAGGAAAGGAACUGAAAAUGCAUUCAGCUGUGACUUGACUGCACAUCUGCAGAAUUCAGGACAAGACGUUCCUCAGGUUCUGAAGACUUGUGCAGAGUUCAUAGAGGAACAUGGGAUUGUGGAUGGAAUCUACAGACUCUCAGGAAUCACCUCUAACAUUCAGAGACUCAGACAGGAGUUUUGCACCGAGGUCUGUCCUGACCUCACUAAAGAAGUGUAUCUUCAGGAUAUCCACUGUGUUGGCUCUUUAUGUAAGCUGUACUUCAGAGAGCUGCCCAUCCCUCUGCUUACUUAUGAACUCUACAAGAAAUUUACAGAUGCAGUGUCAGUCAAAGAGGAACAGGAACAGCUCCAAAACAUUAAGAGUGUCAUUAAAGAACUGCCCGGUCCUCACUUCAGAACUCUGGAAUACCUCACUAAACAUCUUGUUCAUUUGGCUACUCUUAGCCACCAGACCAACAUGCACGCUCGCAACCUUGCCCUGGUAUGGGCUCCAAACCUCCUUCGAUCAAAGGAAGUGGAGAUGCCCUCCUGCAAUGGUGAUGUAGCAUUUUUGGAGGUGCGAAUCCAGCAGUCGGUUGUGGAGUUCAUUCUCAACCACAGUGAGCAGAUCUUCAACAUUCAGUCCUCCAAACCCAGAGAAGGCUCAAGUGUGGCCUGUGGGGAGAAGUACGCCACCCUGCCUGCCACCACGCAGUGUGGCCCCAUGAAGCUCAUGAGCCUGGAGGAAGCACAGGCACGCUCGCUCAGUCCCAACCAUCCAGUGAUGAGAGAGAGACAGAGAGAGAACAGCCUACCGGACACAAGCACUGCCGCAAUGUACCACACAGUCAUAGAUCUGGCUGACAGCAGAAGAAAAUUCUCAGGAAAAUCAAAGAAGUGGAAGUCUAUCUUCAGUCUCGGAAGAUCUGUCAUUGACUCUAAAGGGAAACUGAGCCGCAAUGGGAGUGUGUUUAUGAGAGGCCAAAAUAUCUCAGAAAAACCAGCUAUACGCCCAACUAAAAGCAUGGACUCUCUCUGUUCUCUUCCAGCAGAUGAGGACAAGUUACCCACUGCAGGAGGAAGUAAUGGCAUCUUUGUCCCAAUUCUAAAAUCACGAACCCUUGACUCAGACAUCAACCACAACCUGAACAAUAAAGAUCCAAAAUGGGAGUCUGAUCAGGAUACAGCUUCCGGAGGAUGCCAAGGACGACAAGGAGCGCCAAAUGUUGCUUCCAAAUCUCCAGCUUUAUCAUCUUCUGUGCAGAAAACUCUUCCAGAACAGCUGAAAGUUUUCAAAGGUGAUGACUGCAGCGGCUGCCAGCCUACAUCUCCUAAAAGCCGCCGGAUGUUGUAUUCUGGAUCUGCUAAUAAUGGAUCAUCUAGACCGUCUUUUCCAGGCAGCCUGUUUCCAAUGGAGUCCUCACCACGCCACCAACGGAAGGCCCUCAAUAUUUCCGAGCCAUUUGCCGUGUCUGUUCCUCUGCGUGUGUCAGCCGUAAUUAACUCUAACAGCACACCCUGUAGGGCACCAGGGAAAGAAAGGGACAGGGGUUUAGGGGGACUCUUCAAGCCCACAAGAGAGGCUGGACCUCCGGAACCCCAUCGCAGUGACAGUUUCGGCAAUGCUGGAAUCGGGAUCCUGAUCAGUAGCAGCAGUGGGAAUUUUGGGAUCACAGACUGGGAGAUUGGACUGGGAGGUGCUGGGUACAGAGAGCACUCACUUGGUAACAGCAGUGGAGGCAGUGGAUGCAGUAUCUAUAGCAACAGCAGUUCUUUACCUGUUGAAAAUGAGGAGAAUCAGAUGGGGAAACGAGAUAUUACUGAUGAAAUCACUCUUGGGACAACAGAGAGCAAGGAUGCCAAAUUGAGAGUCGAUUACAAAGGAAAAUCUCAGUCCUCUGGGGAAGAACUGGAAGCUAAAUCAACACAACAAAAUACCACAAAAUUGGAAAAACUGGACACUGUGGUAAUCAACAAGGAGUCAUCAUCUGGCAAGAAUCAGAAAAUCAGUAAUCCGUUAAUAUCAGUUAAUGUCACUGAGGCUAAAAUGCUAGAUGAACAAGUUAAGCCCAGCUUCACCAAUAUUACUGGGAAUGAGCACAUUCUAAAGCCAAGUGCUCGAGCAAGUAGGAGAAAUAGUUUACCCUCAAGCACAAUAUCAUCAAAGGGACUCUUUCUGGACCUUACCAAAGACUUAACGCUUGGUCAUUCUGGUGCUCCUAUGUUUAAUUCUGUUUUGAAGCCUUUCCCUGAAAGGUUGUUGUCAUGUGAUUGUGACUGGAAUUACCUGGCUAUUGGUAGGACUGACCAAAAGAGCCAAGAGUCACACAACGUAAUACCUAACAAUCUACAACUUUCCCCAUUUUUACACCUUCAGGAAACAGAUAUUCUCCUAGAUAGAGACCCAUGGCCUUCAAGUGAAGAAAAGCUAAGAAUGUAUUGUGCUAAGAAAGACGACACAACUAAAACUGUCUCAACAUGUAAUUCAAGCAGUGAUGUAAAAUUAGAUGUUCAUACUACUCUUCUCUCAGACACAAAUGAUUCAUUGGUAAUAAAGGAUAUUUGUGAAAAGAAAAAUGAGGGGGUCCGCAGUGAAACCAGGAAACUUGACCUAACAGGAAUCAAGGGAAGCUUGGAAAGACUCUCAACAUGUCUGAAUGAACAACAUCUCACUUUGGAUAUUUUGUAUCAAGAUGAUGCAGACACAUGGGGAAGUAAUUUGGGUGGUUUGGAUCAGGUUGAACCAUGGGAGGACUUGUGUACUGCCAAGCAAUGGGUGACCAGCCCUCUGCACGCACCAAAGCAUGAGGAUCACUUAUUCACACUGAGAGAGACUGCACCAUGUCAAGCAAUUAAGAGCAAACCAAAAGUGGACCACUUGCCUAACAGCAAGAUGGCUGAAGCUGAAGAACCAGCUGUGGUCAAUGACCUUACAUCAUCUCAAACAGAUGUUGCUGUGACAGCUACCUGUGAAGUUGAAAACUCUGACUUCCCAACAGACAACAAAAAUGAAGACAAAGAUGUCCCUUGUCUGGUGCAGAUAGCAAAGCUUUUUGACAGUGAUAAUGUCAAAAAGAUUGGAGACAAAGAUCAGAGCCAACUAAAGAUUUCACAGGUCAAGGUAUUUAAGACACCCAUUGAUACAAAUGAAAUCACCACACUGCAAAACACGGGCAAAGCAAAACCGAAACGAUCUUGUUACACUCAGAAAUUUCAUCACCAGAUGUCCCAUGAGUCUUGCACUGUGAUGAGUAGUAAUGAAAACAUUGUACCCAAACACAGGCCAUGCUCCCUAAACCUUGAUUUAGGACACAAAGUUAUCAGAGACAUCUCAAAUUAUCAGUAUCUGAAAAGUACAAAACAAAUAAUUGCACAGGAAGGGGGAACACCUGAAGCCAGGAAUGGUGGUUCAUCUUUAGAGUUGGAACUGUUCCUGAGUGGUUCUCAGGCACCUUUGCGACGCAACUCUGCGCCAGUAAGCGUGUCUUCGGUUCGUACCGCAUUCAUGAUCAAAACUUGCCAAGCUAAAGCUGUGCCUGUUAUUCCACCCAAAAUUCAGUACAGCCACAUACCUCAUCCUGUACCUGAGAGGAGCACUGAUCAAAUCAAUAAAAUUACAUUGGAGAAGAAACCUGCUAAGAUCAUGUUGGGAAAAGCAGGUUCUGCACCUCCCCUUCAGAUAGUCAGAGACCCCAAGGUGGAACAGGAUAUCUGUGAACCACCAAGAGGGCUUCAAAGACAGAAGUUCAAAGACAAUGCAAGUGAGACCCGCAAACCAACAUCAAUCCAAGAUCUUCCAGUACUGAGACGGAAGCGAUCCGCAAAUGGGGACACUUUUAUGGACCGUCCUAGACCUGAACGGUCAACCCUGCUUCAAAGAUCAUCCUUCAGAAACCGUCCACGGCCUCAAAGCCUCAUCCUGUUCAGCCCCCCGUUUCCAAUCAUGGACUAUCCUCCGGUAGGGGAAGAUGGUAAACUAGUCCUAUCUCCUAUUAAAUCUGAAGCAUCACCAUUUGAUGUCUGCGCAAAAGAACUUGCUGAAAACCUCAAAACUCCUGAAGGGGUGACUAUGCGUAAUAAAAUGACUUUGCCAAAGAGUGGCCAGAGGCUUGAGACCUCAACCAGUUGCUUCUACCAGCCACAGCGGAGGUCAAUGAUAUUUGACAACCGAAGUAACAGGCAAAAUGAGUGACCUGUUAAAGGGACUGACUAUUUUCCAUCAUUUGAUGGCUAGUGAUACUUUGAGUUAUCAAAUGUAACCUAAAAUCACUGUUACAAUACACUCAACAGAACACACAAUGAUGCUUGGAAAUCAAGGUGCCAUUAAUCCUGAUAAUGCAAAAUUGUAAGUAUUAAGCUUUGCAUCAAAUAUUUCUGCUAUGAAUUUAUAUCAGAAUUUGUUUUCCUAUCUUACUUUGUAAGAAAAACACAAACAUGCCUUAGGAGAACCCUGGAUGCCUAUAAGUAAGUGCAGUCUGUACUUGCAUAUCUCAAUUUAAUUGACCCAUUCCCUACCCAUGUCUGUUGCUGUUUUAUCUCGCUUGGAACAUAUUAUGUUUAUAAUCAGAAACAUGAACACAGUCAGAAUAAAAAUGUGCAAAAAUUUUACCUUUAGCUUGUCACUGGGGCAUUACCCUCAGAGGUACACCCUUUAAAUGUCAGUCAGAAUUUAUUUGUAUCUUAUCUGUCCCUAAAAGGUACAUAUUAGUACCUUGUGUUGUAAAACGGGUACAGUCGGUUUACUUUGAGGAUACUGUCCCAGUGACACCUACACCCCUAGGUACAAUGUUUUCCUUUUUUUUCCUGACAGUGUAUACAUUAAAAUGCCUUCAAACUACAGAAUGAAAUUAGGUGUUGAGCAUGCCAUCCAAUAAGAACUAAACUGACAGUAUUACAAUUGUUAUUGUACAUAAAGGCAAGAAUCAAACAUUUAUUUAUUAAAUAGUCUCAUUGUAUUGUCAUUACUUUUUGUAUACUCUAUUUCCAGUAUUGUAUGUAUACAAAACUGUAUUCCAAGCCCUAAAGAGUACAAAUUAAUUUGUAUAAAUGUUGAGGAUGGUGUAAAGGUCAAUGUUCUUGAAUACUGUAAUUCAGAAAUAAUUUCUUUCUCUGUUCUAUUUAUUAGUUGAGAUAUAUAUAUAUAU